AGCUGCCUAGCUAGUGAAGAGAGAGAGAAGAGUAUAGCGCGGUCAAAAAAAAAAAAAAAAAAAAAAAUCGCUAGCCGCCUUUCCAUUUCCAUCCCAUUAGAACAAUCGAUCUCUCGAACCUGAACAACCAAACAAACAGCACAAAUUCAAAUCUCACUAGACACUGCCAAAAAUCUCUGAAUCUCGCAUCGGUUCUUCUUUUCCCAGCUCGAUCACGUCAAUUAUUAGCUCAAUUCAAAUCUGUUCCCUUCUCGAUUUGUCCCUCUAGGGCUUCUACUUUUGGAAAUCAUGUAAUAGACUCUAUUCUCUAUGCUCUGCAAUCUGAUUCAUGGCUUCGAUCCGCAGAACUCUCUCUCCCUACCAUGAUCGGCCUUACCAGAACGGAGGGACUCCGUUUUCAGUUCCAUCGCCGCCGCAGCACAAACUUCUCUCAACCGGAAAAUCAUCCACAUUCGCCGCCGGGUUCCGGCGAUUCCUCGGCGGCGUUUUCCUCCCACGCUACUCCCGUAAAGGUCAGUUGUUAAAGAAAUUGUUCUAUAGGUGCUUGUUCUUCUUCUUGCUAGGGUUUUUGUUAGGUAUGACUCCGUUUGGGAGCUUUGAUGACGUGCGGAGUCAUGAUUUCUCGUUCGAGAUCAAGCCUCCUCUGGCGAAUGUUCAGGAGGAUGUUGAUAGCGUGAUUGUGGCGAGGCCUGCGAAUUUCGUGGAUAAGGUUGAAUUAGGUGUUGAGAGGAGGUUGAAGAUGAAGGCGAGGUUCGAUUUUGUGCCUAGGAAAGAGUUGAUUGUGGUGACUCCGACUUAUAAUAGGGCGCUUCAGGCUUAUUUCUUGAAUAGAUUGGGGCAGGUGCUGAGACUUGUUCCUCCGCCGCUGUUGUGGAUUGUGGUGGAGAUGAAUAUGGAGUCGAUGGAGACAGCGGAGAUAUUGAGGAACAGUGGUGUUAUGUAUAGGCAUCUAGUGUGCACCAAUAAUUCCACUGAUUUGAAGGAUAGAGGUGUUCAUCAACGGAACACGGCGCUCGAGCAUAUUGAGCAUCACAAACUUGAUGGGAUUGUUUACUUUGCAGAUGAUGAUAAUAUCUACUCGCUUGAGUUGUUUGAGUCUCUCAGGGAAAUCAGCCGUUUUGGCACAUGGCCUGUUGCCAUGCUUGAAUCAAGCAAAAACAAAGCAAUAUUGGAAGGUCCAGUAUGCAACGGCAGUAACUUAAUUGGAUGGCACACAAAUGAGAAGAGUAAAAGACUCCGAAGAUUUCAUGUUGACAUGUCAGGGUUUGCAUUCAACAGCUCCAUAUUAUGGGACCCAAAGAGAUGGCAUCGCCCCACUUCAAAUCGUAUUCGGCAGCUAGACACUGCAAAGGAGGGUUUCCAAGAAACCACAUUUAUAGAACAAGUGGUGGAAGAUGAAAGUCAAAUGAAAGGUACACCCUUUGGUUGUUCAAGGAUAAUGAACUGGCAUCUUCAUUUGGAAGCUGGUGACCUUGUUUAUCCCAAAGGCUGGCUGCUUCAGAAGAACCUUGACAUCAUAUUACCGAUCAAAUGAUCAAACUUCAACCCUUUGACCUCAAUGCUGAAGAGCCAGGGAGAGUAUGUGGUGUCAUUUUAAGCUGGUGGGUCCCACGUCUCUGACCAUACCGACAACACUGAGCGGAUCGUCAUGACUAGUUGUUGGCAUACCCAGAAUCAGCAAUGCCAGAUUUUAUGCUGGCAUAUACUUUUAGAGGGAAGAUCAUGAUUUUUAUCGUAAAUUUCUUUUCUUCCUCCAUUAAAUUCUUUGCAGAAACAAAAGUAAUCGUCGCAAAGUUUUGGUGUUUGUCCACGGUAAGGGAUGUAAUUGCCUUCAAAAUUUUCUUGAAUAGAAUUUGCUCCGCCUUUUCUAGUUGGUUUGGGUUUUGAAUUAUUUACCAAAUACCAAGUGAUACAGGCUUUGUAUGAGAUUGAGGAAACGCACAAAGUAGCUCGAAAUUUUUUCUUUCUUUCAUUUUUUUUUUUAUGGUGAGGUAUUCGUAAAAAAUAUCUUUGUUAAUUGGUCAAUUUUACUUUGUUGUUGCAACUGGGAACUUGUCAGUAGGAUAAUUGGUUCAUCAUUUAUUUGAUUUAUUGAUUUUAUCAUA